UCCCGGCCGGCGCGCAGCGCCAGGGGGCGUCAGAAGCGCUCCGACCACCGGGCGCUGAGCGGGUGGGCGCGCGGCGUCCUGCCGGGGUCCCACCUCGCAGGGGCCUCGCUUCGCUCGACGUCCCGCCCCGGACAGCCCCAGCACGGCGGACGACCCGCGCUGCGCCAGCGAACCCCGCCUCGGAGGAGUCCCCGCCCGGGCUCACAGCGCCACGCGGCGCGAGCCCGGCCAGCCCCCGGCGCACCUGCUCGGGGAGUGGCCUUCGGCGGAGACGAGCCUCCGAUUGGCGCGGAGGUGACAAAGGGGCGUGGCAGAUAAGGCCCCUCCCCUCCCACCCCCCUGGAGUAUUUAAGGGAGUUGGCGGCGCUACUGCACUCAUUGCGCCGCGGCACGGCCUAGCGAGUGGUUACCCUGCGCUACUCCUGCGCGACUCGGCGACCCCAGUGCCUCGACCACCAUGCCGCGCUCUUUCCUCGUCAGGAAGUCCUCCGACCCCAAUCGGAAGCCUAACUACAGCGAGCUGCAAGACUCUAAUCCAGAGUUUACCUUCCAGCAGCCCUACGACCAGGCCCACCUGCUGGCAGCCAUCCCACCUCCGGAGAUCCUCAACCCCACAGCCUCGCUGCCAAUGCUCAUCUGGGACUCUGUCCUGGCGCCCCAAGCCCAGCCAAUUGCCUGGGCCUCCCUUCGGCCCCAGGAGAGUCCCAGGGCGGCAGAGCUGACCUCCUUGUCAGACGAGGACAGUGGGAAAGGCUCCCAGCCCCCCAGCCCACCCUCACCGGCUCCUUCGUCCUUCUCCUCUACUUCAGCCUCUUCCUUGGAGGCCGAGGCCUAUGCUGCCUUCCCAGGCUUGGGCCAAGUGCCCAAGCAGCUGGCCCAGCUCUCUGAGGCCAAGGAUCUCCAGUCUCGAAAGGCCUUCAACUGCAAAUACUGCAACAAGGAAUACCUCAGCCUGGGUGCCCUCAAGAUGCACAUCCGAAGCCACACGCUGCCCUGCGUCUGCGGAACCUGCGGGAAGGCCUUCUCUAGGCCCUGGCUGCUACAAGGCCAUGUCCGGACCCACACAGGCGAGAAACCCUUCUCAUGUCCCCACUGCAGCCGUGCCUUCGCUGACCGCUCCAACCUGCGGGCCCACCUCCAGACCCACUCAGAUGUCAAGAAGUACCAGUGCCAGGCGUGUGCUCGGACCUUCUCCCGAAUGUCCCUACUCCAUAAGCACCAAGAGUCCGGCUGCUCAGGAUGUCCCCGCUGACCCUCGAGGCUCCCUCUUCCUCUCCAUACCUGCCCCCUGCCCGACAGCCUUCCCGAGCUCCAGCAGGAAGGACCCCACAUCCUUCUCACUGCCAUGGAAUUCCCUUCUGAGUGCCCCACUUCUGGCUGCAUCAGCCCCACAGGACUUUGAUGAAGACCAUUUUCUGAUUCUGCGUCCUCUGCCUGGGCUCUGGAAGAGGCCUUCCCGUGACCAUUUCUGUGGAGGGAGGGCAGCUGGCCCCCAGCCUUGGGGGAUUCCUGAGCUGGCCUGUCUGCGUGGGUUUUUGUAUCCAGAGCUGUUUGGAUACAGCUGCUUUGAGCUACGGGACAAAGGCUGACAGACUCACUGGGAAGCUCCCACCCCACUCAGGGGACCCCACUCCCCUCACACCCCCCCCACAAGGAACCCUCAUGCCACCCUCCACGAGGUGUGACUAACUAUGCAAUAAUCCACCCCCAGGUGCAGCCCCAGGGCCUGCGGAGGCGGUGGCAGACUAGAGUCUGAGAUGCCCCGAGCCCAGGCAGCUAUUUCAGCCUCCUGUUUGGUGGGGUGGCACCUGUUUCCCGGGCAAUUUAACAAUGUCUGAAAAGGGACUGUGAGUAAUGGCUGUCACUUGUCGGGGGCCCAAGUGGGGUGCUCUGGUCUGACCGAUGUGUCUCCCAGAACUAUUUUGGGGGCCCGACAGGUGGGCCUGGGAGGAAGAUGUUUACAUUUUUAAAGGUACACUGGUAUUUAUAUUUCAAACAUUUUGUAUCAAGGAAACGUUUUGUAUAGUUAUAUGUACAGUUUAUUGAUGUUCAAUAAAGCAGUUAAUUUAUAUAUUAAAAA